AUGUUACCGUCACCGUCCUUCAUCCUCGCGGCCGCCGCCGGCUUCGCGACGCCAACUCUCGUCGGGCGCGCGUGGUGCCCGCCUGCGGCGCCUGCCACUCGACUCGUCGAAGCCAGGAUGGCGGACGAUUUUGGUGGCUUUGAGGUGGCUGUUCGCGAGUACGUUGCCACGCUCAGCGCCUCCGAGCUGAGCGACGCUGACGCGCCAUCGCCGCUCGCGUACGACGAGCUGCGGCGCAAGGGUCGUGUCGACCUGGUCGAGGGGUGCAUGCGCCACGGCGGGUACAUAAAAGUGAGCAAGCAGCUGGGACUGCCCCUGCGCCUCGCAGCGCCACCGCCUGCACCGCCGCCGUCAUCCUUUAGCGAGCCGGAGGCGCCCGCCGUUGGCCUCAAGCUCUCUGGUGCGGCGCGCGAGUCGCGGCUCCAGGAGGACAUCGCCGCGGGCGUGGCGGCUCCGUCGCCGCAGGCGCGGCCGCGGCGGCAGCCGCAGCCUGCUCUUGAGCUGGAGAAGCUGCGCCCGGGCCUCGUGAACGAGGCUGUCGCGGCAGCAGCCCCUCCGACCGCGCAGGCCCGCGAGCCACAGCGAGAGGGCGCGCGGCUGCGGCUCGAAGGCCCGCAGCGCGCAGCGCUCGUAGCGCUGGCGUGGAUCACCGCGCUCGGAUACGGCCAUGCGUCAUCGGGCCUGCUCGACCCGUCGCUGCUGGAGCCGUUGCGGGCAGCGGCUCCCGCGGCGCUGUGCGCUUGCGUGCUCACCGCAGUGCUCGGUGCCGUCAAAGGCGAGGAAUGA